CCAGAAAGGAUUCCCGGAGCCACUGAGUUAAGGAAAGCAAUUUUGUGGGGCUGGUCCUCAGACACAGGAGAGCAGCCUUUGGGGUGUGGGCUGGCAACAGAAUGGGGUGACUUAUGUGAGUUUCCAGGUCUCAAUCUGGAAACUGAGGCAACUACCCUAUGGUUUAGGCAAGCAGGUGUACAGAAGCCAGAACAGCAGGGUUAGAGUUCAAACAGCCGUUCUUACCUGAGAUGAAUGUAACUGUGCUUUAUUGCUUCAAGGGGCGCAUGUAGGGCCGGAGGGUGAGGACUGGGGGGAAAGGCUCUAAGCCAGGGGGGGCGCUAAAGGGGUGGAGCUUAUGCAGGGGGCAGGGAGUCUGCUCUGGUGGCACUGAGAGUCGGCGGCUCAGGCCGAUGGAUGGGCUUAGAACCUUGAGCCUAUGAUCAGCUUAGGCAUCAGAGGUUCGGGCUUCCAACCAUCUGCUUUGUCCAAAGACGUUCCGCUGGAGAGAAGCUGGGAGGCUCGAACACCAUCCUGUCUGGGUUGGGCACAAGCGACUCGAAGUGCACGCUCUUUCUUGGCAGGACCAGGUCUCUCUGGGGCGGGAUGGCCCAGGAGCUCGGCGAGAAGGAGCUACUGAGGAUGGAGGUGGAGCAGCUGAAGAAGGAAGUGAAGAACCCAAGAGCUCCGAUUUCCAAGACAGGAAAGGAAAUCAAGGAUUAUGUGGAGGCCCACGCAGGAAACGACCCUCUUCUCCAAAGCAUCUCUGAGGACAAAAACCCCUUCAAGGAGAAAGGCACUUGUAUGAUUAACUGAUGGUCCCAGGGCCCCUCGCCCUGACCUCCUGUCCCUCCUCAGCCCCACUGCUCCCCCAGAACCUGUCCUGGGACACCCAGAGAGUCAGUGAAUUUCCACCUUCUCUCAGCCACAGAAGAGGAAAGAGACAGACCUGCUUCGGGUGGUCCUGGCGCUUUGCUGUCUGUGGGUGGCUUUGGUCAGGGACAACGUUCUGCAGGCGCCAUCUUCUGGAAAACGCUGCUCUUGGGGGCAGUUCCUUCAAGGGAAUUGUUGGGGAGGACAAGGGGUUCUACCCUGAGCUACUGGGGCUGGAACAGAAGGAAAUGUGGAGGGGGUUUCAGAGGCUGGAGCAAGGGGUCGGGGGGACGAGACGGGGGGACAGGAGGGGUGGUGGCGAGCUCAUAAGUGUUUUACUAAAUGUGAGUUAAGUACCAUUAGUGAGUUACGGAAUCAAUUCAGGAGAUUGUAACCAACUUUUAAAAAGGAAAAAAAUGUGAGUGUACAGUACUUUUACAUGUAGUAAAGGUGAAUAUUGUUUCUUAAAGUUUUAAAAAAUAUAUUUUUUAUUGAUUACAGAGA